AAUAUUGCGCGUUUCGAUUAUUGUCUUCCAUUCGCAUAAUUGAUUUUACCGCGGGAAAAUUGAUGCCACAAAAAGGUCGAAAAAUGACAUCCACAGUGCACGAAAAGAGAACGAACAAAGAAAAUCAACCAACUUUCAAGAAAGAUAUGAUGAAAACAGCUACAAUGGAAAAUGAAGAGAGGAGGACCUUGAAAACUUUACAGCUCUCAUCUAAUGGUACUUUAAUUGGAUCAGAGAAACAUUCUGGUAAAAGCAGGAUAGUAGCAAGCAAAAAGCCUCUGAAGAUUUUUCAAGACAAACAAAGCAUUGGUGUAAGUAAGUUAACGCGUGAAGUGGAGACUCAGACGUCGGUGUGCCAGCAUGAGUCAGAAACCCAGACAGACGUCAGUGGAGCUACAGGUGUAACAACUGAUACAGACUGCCACAAUGACAGCGGUACUGCUGACUUGGAUCAAGAGGCAUAUGACUUGAUGGUCAAAGACCCGAUCCCAGAGAGUUACUGGCGCGAAUUGGCAGAAGAGAGGAGAUUGUCCCUGGCUGAAGCUCUGGCAGAAAAUGAAAUUCUGCACCAGUCUAUGGAAGAGUUGAAAGAGGAAAAUCAGAAUUUAUCCCUACUGGCGGGUCAGGCAGAACAUCUUGCCUCUGUUUUAAAUGAUGUUUUGGGUGAUGAUGGUGAAGAUAAAGAGGAGACUGCUGAUAGUGAUAAAGAAGAAGCUGAUGAUGGAGAAGAUGAUGUCAAAAAUGAAUCAGACAACCAGGAAACAACUGAAGAGAGUGGAGAAAAAAAGGAAGAAAAUAAAAGUUGAUGAUCGUUCGGGAAGUUGUUAUGUUCGAGAAAAGUGCACCACAAAUAAUUAAAAUGAAACCUUGCCAAGCAGUGUUGUUCCGAGUAUGGUCAAAUUCAAACAUGAAGAUGGACAGUGGAUGGUUACAGUAAUGACAUUAAUGUCUUUCAAAGUUGAACAAAGUGACAUACUGCCAGAAACAAUGUUUUUAAAUGUUUUUAAUCAUUCUUUUAAUGAAAAAAAAAAUAAAA